AGAAAGUAAAUUGACCUCCGCAGUGUUCGAUUCCGGUCUCUCUCAGAUCCGACUCUUCCUCCUCCUCCACCCACCGUCUCUCUCUCUCUCUCUCUCUCUCUCUCCCCCUCUCUUCCAAACUCUCUCAGUGCUUUUGCUUUCCUCACCGAUUCCUUUUUCCCAUGUUGGAAAAUCUUGGUGGAUUUUACAAUGAAUGCGUUUUCCUCGCCAUCGCGGUUGAGAAUGGCGCCGAGGUAGAGGCAAUCUUGGUGUUGUGGCACGAUUCCACUUCAUAAGUGGAUUCCUGUUCAUUGGUCUGAUAUAAACUUGAGGUCUUAGCAUUUCCUGUUUCCAUACACUAACUGGCACUUUUUAGUUUAGCUUUGGUUCAAGCAUAUGUUCCUCAUAAGAUGGGCUCCACAAAAAUAGAGACCUAACGAUAUGGAAGGGAUCUGAUUCGAGCUGCACGUGCUUGCAAAACUGCAGCAGAAGAGCGUGCAGUUGUCAGAAAGGAAUGUGCUGCUAUACGUUCUUCAAUCAAUGAAAAUGACCAAUUUUUUAGGCACCGUAAUCUUGCUAAACUUAUGUUUAUUCACAUGCUUGGCUAUCCUACUCAUUUCGGUCAAAUGGAGUGUCUCAAACUGAUUGCUGCUGUUGGCUUUCCUGAGAAACGGAUUGGCUAUUUGGGCCUUAUGCUGCUUCUGGAUGAAAGACAGGAAGUACUUAUGCUAGUUACAAAUUCCUUGAAACAAGAUCUCAAUCACUUGAAUCAUUAUAUUGUGGGUCUUGCUCUUUGUGCUUUAGGGAACAUAUGUUCUGCAGAAAUGGCAAGGGAUCUUGAACCAGAAGUGCAAAGGCUCUUUUUAAGUAGAGACCUAGAUAUAAAAAAAAAGGCUGCCUUGUGCUCUAUCAGGAUAAUAAGAAAAGUUCCAGAUUUGGCAGAAAACUUAAUGAUUCCUGCUGCUUCUCUGUUGAAAGAAAAACAUCAUGGAGUCUUGAUAUCAGCUGUUCAGCUUUGUAUCACUUUAUGUAAAGUCAGUGAUAUUCCCCUUGAGCAUUUGAGGAAGAGCUGCAUAAAGGGUUUGGUUCAAAUUUUGAAGGAACUGUCCAACAGUUCAUAUACACCUGAGUAUGAGAUUGCUGGGGUUAUGGACCCUUUCUUGCAAAUCCGAAUUCUUAAGUUGAUGCGCUUGUUGGGCCAAGGAGAUGUUGAAUGUAGUGAAUAUAUGACCGACAUUCUUGCUCAGGUUGCAACAAGAACUGAAUCACACAAAAAUGCUGGAAAUGCUAUUUUAUAUGAAUGCGUCGAAACAAUAAUGGGUAUAGAAGCUACUAGUGGUUUACGUGUCCUUGCAAUCAAUAUUCUGGGCAAAUUCUUGUCAAAUCGUGACAACAAUAUCAGAUAUGUUGCACUCAACAUGCUCAUGAAGGCAGUCAGUGUAGACUCACAAGCAGUGCAGAGGCACAAAACAACAAUCCUUGAAUGCAUGAAGGAUUCUGAUAUCUCCAUUCGAAAGAGGACUCUGGAGCUUGUUUUUCUUCUAGUCAAUGAGACAAAUGUGAAACCUUUGACAAGGGAACUUAUUGGUUAUCUAGAAGUGAGUGAUCAAGAUUUUAAGGGUGAUCUAACUGCCAAAAUUUGUUCAAUUGUUAAGAAGUUCUCACAGGAGAAGAAAUGGUAUAUUGACCAGAUGUUCAAGGUUUUAUGUAUUGCUGGGAAUUAUGUUAAAGAUGAUGUAUUGCAUAGUCUCAUAAUUACAAUAAGUAAUGCCCUUGAUAUACAAGGUUAUUGUGUCAGAUCACUAUACAAGGCACUCCAAAAUCAUCCUGAUCAGGGAAGUUUAGUGCAAGUAGCAGUAUGGUGCAUUGGUGAAUAUGGUGAGUUGUUGGUUAAUAACAUAAAGGUGUCUGAAGUGGAGAAUACAAUGAAUGUAACAGAUUCUCAUGCUGUUGAUGUUAUAGAGGCUUCUUUAAAACACCACUUAUCAGAUAUUACCAUUCAGUCAAUGUGUUUGAUUGCUCUUUUGAAGCUGUCAUCUCGUUUUACAUCAACCUCAGAGAGGAUAAGAGAGAUAAUUAUUCAUCACAAGGGAAGUGUUGUGCUUGAAUUACAGCAAAGAGCAAUUGAAUUCAACUGUAUAAUCCAGAGGCAUCAGAAUAUCAAAUCUUCUUUGCUUGAACGGAUGCCUGCUUUGGAUGAGUCUUCUUACAUUGGAAAAAGAACUAGUUCUUCACAAGUGAAUAUUUCUGCAGUUAAACUUACCCGACCAACUCCUGUAGCGUCACCUAGCCUUCCAAAUGGUGUUGCCCAUGCACCGACAAAUCCCUUACUGGAUUUACUUGAUUUAAUACCAGAUGAUAACCCAGUUCCUACUUCAUCCACCAAUGAUAUUGUGCAGGAUUUGUUAGGCAUUGGCUUGGGAAACCCUUUGACCUCAGGUACCAUCUCACCGUCAGUCGGUACAGAUAUUCUGCUAGAUCUUCUUUCAAUUGGAGGAACUAAUGAUCAAAAUGAUGUGCCAGUAUUGGAUGUCUCCUCCAAACAAGGAUCUGAACCACUAACCAAUCCAUCCACUUUUGAAGUAAUGGAUUUGUUGGAUGGGACUACAAAGGAUAGAUCAACUGAUGAUGAACAUCCAGUUUAUCCAUCAAUUAUCGCUUUCCAGAGUGGCACCUUGAAGGUUGCUUUCGCCUUUACAAAGAAACCUGACAAACCACAAAUUACACAAAUCCAAGUUACGUGUACAAACUUAUCUACAGACGAAUAUAUGGAUUUCAUUUUUCUAGCAGCUGUCCCUAAGUUUAUUCAGCUACAGUUAGAACCUGCCAGCGGCAAUAUUCUUCCAGCCAACAGUGAUGGGGCAAUCACUCAAACUCUAACUCUAACUAAUUCCCAACACGGACAGAAACCUUUGGCCAUGCGUAUGAGGAUGACUUACAAAGUAAACAACCAAGAUAAGCUAGAACAAGGACAAGUCAACAACUUCCCUCCUGAAUUAUGACCAUUCGUUUUACAGUUUGGAGAUAUCGUUAUAGUUCUUGUUUAAUUUUUUGCUCUUUCCCCUUUUUCUUUCCAGUUCUUAGAUUUUGUAUCCAUUUUUUCAUUGCUUCAAAAUAAACUGCAGUACAACUCGAUCAACUUGAUAACACACUAUUGUGCAAGCAUCAUACUAUUCGAUCUUGAAUUUGUUUUAAAUGGUUCA